UAUUUGCUUAAACCUGAUUAUUUCCCAAACCUGCGCUGUAUGCCACCAUGUUCGUAAGAAACGAUAUACACUUCUUGGUGUUUUGGUCCUCAGUCACGAUUGCUGUUUACUGUAUAUUUGAGUUUGCACCUUUUGUUCAUGGUAAAUGUACACAUACUAAGAACACAAAUGUAAAAUAAAUAUAUGGCGUAUGACUACAGUAUUGUUAUGUUAUAAAAAGUCUAAAACGACAUGAAGGUCAACAUCAGUCCUUCAGCUGAGAGCUUGCUCUAAUGUUGCCUUUUACACAAAUAAGAAAUGUUCUCUUUCCUCCCUCCUUCGCUUUCUCACUCCCUCCCUCCCUCGCUUUCAUUCUUUCUCACACACCCACACAGAAACAGUCAAAUCCACAGGCAGAGUGAGAGCGAAGGAUGAGGCAUGACAUAAAAGAGAAAAGCGUUUAUUUUCGCGUUGCUUUAGCGCAGCGUUUUUCUUUUCUCUCUCUCUCUAUUUCUAGUUCUUUCAGCCCUCAAGUUAUUUUUUGGAUACUGAUAUGAAGAUGCAGUGAUUAAUGGUAUGAAGUCGUGAUAUGGCUCUGGAUAUGGAGAGGACGGUCUCUAAAAUCAUGUUUGACUUCCAGAGGAACUCAACUUCUGAUGAUGACUCUGGCUGUGCACUAGAGGAGUAUGCUUGGGUGCCACCUGGCCUCAAACCUGAACAGGUUCAUCAGUAUUACAGCUUUUUCCCUGAGGACAAGGUUCCUUAUGUCAACAGCAUUGGUGAAAAGCAUCGGAUCAAGCAACUCCUUCAACAACUGCCACCGCAUGACAAUGAGGUUCGUUACUGUACCUCACUGGAUGAAGAAGAAAAGCGGGAAUUAAAGAUCUUCAGUAACCAGCGAAAGCGAGACAAUCUAGGCAGAGGAACUGUCCGACCUCUACCCCUCACUGUAACUGGAGCUAUAUGUGAACAGUGUGGAGACCAGAUCAACGGUGGUGACAUUGCAGUGUUUGCCUCACGGGUUGGCCACGGCCUAUGUUGGCACCCUCACUGUUUCGUGUGCUGUGUGUGUUCUGAGCUAUUGGUAGAUCUCAUCUACUUCCACCUGGAUGGCAAGAUCUACUGUGGCCGCCACCAUGCUGAACGACUUAAGCCACGUUGCUCAGCAUGUGAUGAGAUCAUCUUUGCAGAUGAGUGCACAGAAGCAGAGGGGCAGCACUGGCACAUGAGACAUUUCUGCUGUUAUGAGUGUGAUGCACCACUAGGGGGUCAGCGUUACAUCAUGCGUGAGGGACAUCCUCACUGCUGCAACUGCUUUGAGUCACUUUAUGCAGAAUACUGUGACUCUUGUGGAGAGCACAUAGGUAUAGACCAAGGUCAAAUGGCAUAUGAGGGUCAACACUGGCAUGCCACUGAAGAGUGCUUCAGCUGUGCUCGUUGCAAUCAGUCUUUGCUGGGUUGUCCCUUCCUGCCGAAACAAGGUUUGAUCUACUGUUCCCGUCUCUGCAGCCAAGGGGAUGAAACUGAGUUGUCAGACUCUUCAGACUCUGCUUUCCAGAGUGCCCGUUCCCGUCAGUCACGCCACAGUACUCAGAUUGGCAAGAAUGGGACAAAAGGCAAAGGUGAAGGUGUACGACAGACAUCAUCUGGCCCUACACAGUUGGUUGGUGAUCCAGAGUCUCUAGCUGUUCAAAUGGAUUUGCUGAGCAUCUCCAGCCCAGCUCCCAGUCGUACACCCCACCGCACACCAACGAGAACCCCAAGUAGAACACCAAGUCGGUCUCCAAGUCUGAACCGUGAGCAGUCAGUUUGGGUAAACAGGGAUGAGCCUUAUACCUAUGAGUCUCAACAAAGAGAAUCCUCCACAUCUUCAAAUCCCCAUCAGCUACGAAGCCAAUGUAGCAUGCGUAGCGCUUACCCUCCUUCUCCAAAUCAGCCACCCAAGAUAGUGAGCAGUCCAGAAUCUUGGUCCAAAGAACAGCCUGGGGGUAACUCCAAGAAGCCUCCAGCCAUGGCAGCUCUGAGGGGCCACUCUUUCAAUGAGAACUGGAUGCACCAUGGUCAGGAACCUGAAUUUCAUGUUCCUAAGCUCAAAACACAAAUGAGCUUCAAUGAAGUACCAAGCCGUAAUUCAGGAUUUUUGGACAAACGCAGUAUAAGCAUGCAAGGCUUUCCCAGAGAGAUGCGACCACCAUUGCUGAGGAGCAGGCACCAAUUUGGGCCAAAGUAUGGUGAACUUACACCAGUAGAACAAACACCAAGAGGUUCUACUGACUCACUGGCCCUUUCCUACACUACAGCAGGAAACUCUUUAGAUGGGACCAAUAGGCGUCAGGAGCACUUCUCUCGAUUUUCUAUGCCUGACCUGAGUAAAGACUCUGGGGUAAAUGUAUCUGAUAAAGGCACCAUGGGUACAUUAAACUCAUCAAUGCAGUUCCGCAGCACUGAAUCCCUGAGCUCUGUGCCAAGACCUCUUGCUGAUAUUGGCAUGCCUGUCAGAGUAAGGUACCCUCCUCCACUAUACUGGGAGUCACCUAGAGGUUUAAGUUUUGAGGAUCCAGUCAAAGGUCGCAUUGGUCUUGCAGGAAGCAUGUCCUGUAUGCAGGAAGGUAAUAACCAAGCAAUGACACCACGGCCAAGACACACUCAGACACAAGGCUCACCCAGACAGCAGCGCCAACGUCAACGUCACCACCGCAAAGGCCAUAAAGGUCACAAAUACCACUACCGCUCCGGCCGCUCUCGGUCAGACAAUGCCCUGCAUUUAGCUACGGACAAUCAGAGUUUCCCUGGGGACCCCAUUCAUAGAUUUCACAAUGACUUUGAGCGACCAUCCUCAUCAAGAGUUUCACACAAUCAAUUUGAAGCAAAUCAUGGGUAUCGACAACAAUUCUUUAGGCCUUGUCCUCGAACCACAUCUGACCUCACCUUGCAGGAUCCUGGAGGUCCACAGAUUGGACAGUAUAUGGGUAGGUAUGGAGAAACUGUUGAGGAUGAAGAUCAGUUUUGCUCAACUUGUUCCUCUUCAUCAGAAGUGUCAGAGGAUGAUGGUUACCUUCUGGGUGAAGUCAUUCCUCGGCCAGUGCAGCUGCGAUACUUUGACAACGAGGAAUUACGACAUCGUUAUAGUCCUACAGUGAUGGGUGGUCAAACUCAACUACAUACACGCAAACGGCGAAAGAGCAAGAACUGCAUCAUAUCAUAAGCAAAUGGUAAUGUGAGUGCGUGUAUCUGAGUGUGUGUAUGUGAGGGUGGGUAUACAGUAUACAACAGAAGUUAGUACAGUGAGUACAAACAGACAUGUAGACAGAUACAACCCAUAUGUUUAAAAUGUAAAAAGUUUUUAUGUUCACAGGUUAUUUUAUAACUAUGUUUGUGCAAUUAGGUUCAUUGGAAAAAUCUAAACAUGACAAUAACAUUGGCCAGUGACAGCCAAUUACAUAAUUACCGGCGUGACCACAGUAUAAAAUGGCUCCGGAAGAAUAUGUCAUCCAGCAAGUCAUGGCUUCUUCAUCUUAACUGACUGUUUAUGUUACCAUUAAGCUAUAUGAUUAGGAGUGCAUGUUACCUUCGCCAGAUGCUUUGCUCUGAUAUCCGCAGUUUCACACAGCUUGUGUGUUGUGUGUGUGGUGAAGAGCAAGCACAUUUAGCUCUCGAGGGACUUGGAUGUGCUCUGCCAUCCUAGGAAUGAAUUAAAAGCACUCGACUCAUGAAGAGAAGGCUUGUGCUCGUUGUGAUGCAUUUUCAGGACUUCUGAGGGGGAGGUGAAUACUUCACCAUUUACCUGACUUUGUAGAUAGCGUUUGCACAAGUGCAUCCGCCUUUUGUGAGAUCAGCAGUGCAUUCGUGGCAGUGGUUUGCAUUCUCACUUGAUUUCCGAGGUAAUGGCACCCAUGAGAGCUGAAUGCAUUCUGCAUGGUGCAGUUGCUCGGAGAAUUGUCUGCCCAUUGCUCAUGGUUCCCAGUUGAUGGGCAUGGAAAGGACCUGAUGGGAAAUCUUUCCCUAUAAGUAAUUUCCUUCUGUUUACAUAGGAAUUGUUUAAUGUGGAUAACUGUCUGCAGAUGUUGGACACAUUAUUUUAUCAUGUUCUUGUCAGAUAACCACAUUAUAUUGCACUCCAAGAGCUCAUCUUCAUCCCUUCAUUUCCCCUGAUGCCACCAUCCCUCCACCUGACUGAUGUUAGGCAGGAGAUCUAUCUACUGACGGUCUAGACCCAAUUGUUUUCUUUAGACUUUGCCUUCAAAUUAUAUAUCUGUGAGCUUAAAUAAUGUGUGAGAGCCAUGGGUAGUGGUGGUAUGAUCUAUUUCAUGUACUCUGUUGCUAGUUUUAUUUAAAUUCCCUAACUAGCCUUUAUCUGCAGUGCUAUUUGGUCCUGUUUCGGUUUUUCUGACUUCUGUUUUUCGUAGGUUUGACCCCCUAUUUUGAUAGUAUUUUGUGUUUCAGGAGGUAGGGGGUUUGUGUUGGGUUUCAGAGAAGGGUUAGGGUGAGUCUGUUACGUAACACAGAGACAGGAUGUAAUCGCAAGGAGUGUUUAUUGACAAAUAGCACAAAAGUCAAAUAUGCACAAUGAAUCACAGGGAAACACAGGUGGGGGGACACAAGGCUGAUGGAACGGUGACACAGGGACUUUGGUGGACAACAGAUGAUGGUGCUCCUUGAAUCCUGGUGCAUGUGUAAUCCUCGUGACGGUGCUCGGUAAUCCAGUGCUGGGUGAAGAUCCAGGAACAAACGACGAUACAGGAAGACUCAGGGACACAGGAGCAGGUACGGGAGCACACCGGGGAGAAACAACGAUCUGACAACAUGAAACACAAGUUACUGAACUUAUAUAGGAGACAAACAAUUGAAACCAGCUGGCGCUGCUGAUCAUCGCUGAUCAGUGACCACGCCCACAGACACACACACAACAGCACGCUAGACGAGAGAGAGAGAGUGAAUUCAUGAACCGUGACAGAUUUGAGUUCAGGGCUCUCGCAGCCUGGGGGAAAAAGGUGUUGAGCAGUCUGGAUGAGCAGGCUCUGAUGCUCCGGUACAUUCUUCCUGAUGGUAGGAGCUGGAAGAGACUGUAGGAGGGAUGGGUGGGGUCCUUCCUGAUACUGUUUGCUUUGCUGGAUCAUUGUAUGAGGAAAAUGUCCAGGAUGGAUUGGAGAGGGUCACCAAUGAUCUUUGCAGCUGUUUUCACUGUCCACUGGAGGGCCUUGCAGUCAGCUGCACUACAGUUCCUGUACCAGACAGUGAUGCAGCUGGUCAGCACACUUCCUAUGGUUCCUCUGUAGAAUUGGGUGAGAAUGGGUGGAGGGAGAGUUGCUCUUUUCAGCCGGCAGAGAAAGUGUAGGCGCUGUUGGGCCUUCUUGGAGAGUGACAUGGUGUUGGUGGUCCAGGUGAGAUCCUCUGUGAUGUGCACUUGGAGCUGAACUUGGCAUUCCAGUCUUAGGUCAGCAAUGUAAAGAGCAGUGGAUUGAGCACACAGAUAACAAGAUAUCUGUCAGCUGUUCAGCACCGUAUCUCAGUACACGGCCAUGUAUGUUGUCAGGACCCGUAGCCUUGCGUGGGUUAAUUCUAGAUAGGUUUUUCCUUAAGUCAGCUGGAGACAUACCUCGUUGUGAGGUAAGGGCAGUUUCUGUGCUGGUGUGUCAUUCUGCAUUUCAUACCAUGAAUCAAAGUGGUUUAGUGCAUCCAGGAGAGGUGUGUCAUUAUCACAGGCCUGUGGCAGGAGCUUGUAGUCAGUGAUGGUCUGAAAGGCCUGCCACAGGCUCCAUGCUUAUCUGAUGUCUGUGAAGUGAUUUGUGAGGUACCUGCCUCUUUAAACAUGUUCCAGUCUGUGCACUGAAAGCAGUCCUGUAAUGUUGAGGUAGCAUCAUCUGGCCAAACCGUGAUGUGUUUUUGAACUGGUUUGGCGAAUUUCAGAAGUGGUCUGAAUUCUGGAAUUGGCAUAACAGAAAGGUGAUCCGAGUACCCGAGGUGGGGGCAGAAUACAGCCUUGUCCGCAUUCUUUUCUGUUGUGUAAACAAAGUCCAGUGUGUUUUUUAUCCUUGUUGCAAAGUUCACAUGUUGAUAGAACUUUGCCAAAACUGUCUUUAAGUUUGCGUGGUUGAAGUCAUCGUCUAUUAUGAAAAAGCCAUCUGGGUUUUUUGUUUGUUGUUCGCUGAUGGUGCUGUACAUCUCAUGAAGGGCAUCCUACACUUUAGCACAUGGGAGGACGUAGACUGCACAAUAACAAUGGCCAUGUACUCCCAUGGAAGAUAAAAUCAUCGAUACUUCAUAAAAAUAAACUCCACCAGCGAUGUACAUUGUUUUGUCAGACAGAGGCCUCUUAGAUUCUCAGUCAUCACCGUGAAAGCUGAGGUUUGUACACACUGCCACUUUCCAAAAGGCUCUGUCGAUAAUAGAUGUGUUUCCAAGUGUUUAUCUGAUGAUUUUUGUGAUAAGGUGAGACAAAGAUGAGAAAAUUAGACUAAAAAUCAUAAAAACACUAUUUUUGGGACCCGGAGUAGCCGCUGCGUCUGACCGCACCACCAUUUUGGUGAUUAAUUGCCCUUAUUUGGUUGAGCCUAGCAGUGCUCCCUUCACAUCACAGGCUUACCUUUGAGCAUGCCGCUCCCAGUUAAGUGACUCUCAUCAAGUCCUCCACUCUCUGGAACUCCAAUGAGCAGCAAAAAAGUGUUAUAUUAAACUGUGAGUAUUUUAAUAAUUAUGAAUCGGUCUCAUUACUUCACUGUAACCCAGAAUGUUGAUAUUUUUUAAAAAGUGGGAAUAUAUAUAUAUAUAUAUUAGGGAUA